UAUCUCUUCAAACAAAAGCAAAACCUUUUCUUCUUUCUCACUCUAGAAAAUACUAAAAAGCUUCACACAAUGACAACCAAACCAUUUCAUUGUUUGAGAAGGAUGGGAUAGCGGUGUGCUUGUAGAAGAUAUUGGAUACAAAGAUCGAAGAAGAAAAUGCCCCCUCAAGUACCUUAUUGUCGUCCUCUUCUGACGACUCUUGCUUAUUCUCCAUUUCCACCAUCUUCAAUCACCCACAAAUAUUGCCUAGGAACUAAGGGUAAGAGGAUGAAUCCUGGAAAGAAUCUGAUCCCUCUUCUUGUUUUCAUCUUAACUACCCUCUCCAUCCUCAGACUUCUCAAACUUACCAUCUUUACAGCUCCUUCACGUCCUUUUUCUUCUUCACCGCCGCCUCAACAAUCUCCUUCACUGCCUUUCUCUUCUUUGCCCUCACCUCAACAUAAUGCAUGCUCCCCUCAGGCAUGCAGUAAUACUCCAUCACACCCACUAGAAACCUCAAUAAGUCCACCUAAAACUUCUUCUGCUAAUGCAACCACCCUCACAAAAAAGGAAUUCAAGUUUCUAUUAAAUCUCAUUAAGCCUAAAGCACCGUGCAACCUACUUAUUUUUGGGCUGGAACCCCAGUACAUAAAGCUCUCAGAAAUCAAUGCAGGAGGAAUCACCAUCUUUCUAGAGGAUGACUCAAACAAGAUUCGAGCAAUCAAAAGUAAGUCCAAGAGAACUGAAAUCUACAAGGUUGAAUACUCGAUACCUGCAAAAGAUGCUUACAAGCUGCUUAAGUAUGCAAGACAGAAGCCAGCUUGUGCACCUAGAUCAGGACCACUUCAAGUGUCGAAAUGUAAACUGGCAUUGAAAAAUUUACCUCAAGAAGCUUAUAAACAUAAAUGGGAUGUGGUGGUGGUGGAUGGACCAAACGGAGACACACCAGAUGCACCAGGCAGAAUGUCAACAAUCUACACGGCUGGUAUCAUUGCUAGAGCUGGGAAUACCACAGAUGUUUUAGUGCAUGAUACAGAUCGAACAAUUGAAAAAUGGUUCUCUUGGGAGUUUCUCUGUGAUGAUAACUUGGUGUCUUCUAAAGGAAAAUUGUGGAAUUUUAGGAUCACGGGUCAGUCAAAUUCUACAAGGUUUUGUCCCGCAAAAAAAAUCGUGAUAGAGUAACAGCUUUCUUUUUGGGGUGAUGGCAGCUGCAUUGCACCAGAAAACAAGCUCAUCUAUUGGCAAAAAAUCUUCAUUAUAGACAUUAGUUAUUCAGCAUUCGUGCAAGACAAAAGCACUGGUUCAGAGCCAAGAUUAUAGCAAUUUUUUUUUGUCUAAGGUUGGGAUUGAGUAAAAUAUCUAUUAUUUAUGUUUGUUGCAAACAUGUAUUAGAUUAUAUCGAAAUGCGAUGGUGCUAUUGCUAAA